GUCUCUCGCUGAUCAGGAUCCUUGGGAAAAGUGUAGAAACGCAGAUCGCGGUCUCGAUGUGAGUUAUUAUAGCAUCCAGGCACGCAGCAGAUGGCAUAUAGCAGAGCACUGACUAGUGCUGAUCAGAGAGGGAGGGAGGUAGCCAUCAUCCUCUGGCCAUCAUCAAUCUGAAAAGCACCGGCGCCAUCGCAUCCCAAAGCUUUGUGUUACAGGUGGAUCAUUUCACAAGAAAUCUUCAUUGUGGAAUGAGCAUUUCUGGAGACUUGUCAGUAACUGGUUGUAAGUGCCUUAAUUGCUUACGCAUGUGUUAGCAUAAUGCUGCCAGGCGUGGGUGUAUUUGGAACAGGGCAGACAGUGCGUGCCCUGGUGCCAUUGCUCCAAAAAGAAGGCUUCCCUGUUCAGGCGGUUUGGGGCCGUACACAAGAGGAAGCAGAGUCACUGGCCAGUGAGUUGGACAUUCCCUUCUCCACCAGCCAGACAGAUGAUGUGCUACUACAUCCAGAGGUCCAUCUCGUCUGUAUAUUGACACCACCACCACACACAAGGCAGAUCGCAGUAAAAGCACUAGGUAUAGGCAAAAAUGUAAUCAGUGAGCAUGCAGCUACACUGAUGGAUGCUUAUAUGAUGGUGACGGCAGCCAGAUAUUACCCACAGCUUAUGAGCAUCAUGGGAAAUUCUUUGCGCUUCUUGCCCGCCUUUGUCCAAAUGAAACGCAUGCUGGGUGAGGGUUAUUGUGGGACCUUGCAGGUAUGUGAAGCACGUGUAUAUGGAGGCUCGCUGCUCAGCCAAGCGUAUGGAUGGGCGUGGGAGGAGCUUAUGGGAGGCGGUGGCCUGCACACAGUUGGCUCUUGCAUCAUUGACCUGCUGAGCCAUCUCACAGGCCGGCGGGCUUUGCGAGUGCACGGAAUGCUCCGGACUUUUGUACGUCAGGGUGGUCCAGGGGGAGGAAUUCGUUCUGUAACCGCAGAUGACUAUGCUUGCUUUCAGCUACUGAUGAGUGGGGGUGUGGUCUGCAGCGUGACACUAAACUUUAAUCUACCUGGCACAGAUCUACAUGAGGUCAUGCUUGUAGGGUCAUCAGGGCGCCUCAUUGCUCGAGGAACAGAACUAUAUGGUCAGAGGACCACCAUGCAAGUAGAGGAGCUUCUUUUGAGUGAUGGCGGAGGAGAAGUGGGACCAUCCAUUAGGGGAUUGAACGGUAUGGUGACUCAGCUCAGACUUUCCUUUCAGGCACAAGAGGACAGGCGCUCUUGGGUGCGGCAUCCUGUUUCCACGGCAGCCUCAUUUGAGGAUGGGCUCUAUGUACAGACAGUAGUUGAUGCCAUCAAACGGUCAAAUCGCACUGGAGACUGGGAGCCGGUGGAUGUAAAGAUCCAGGAUGUGGACCCUAACCAUAACCACAGAACCUUAUCAAAUUAAAACCACGAACACAUUGUGUUACAUGUUACAUUUUACAUAUACAAUUAACUACCCCCUAAAAAGAUCAAGCCUAGUAACAUCAUUCACUCAUGUUUACAAUAAAAUAAGCAAGCCCACAUUUUUAACAUAAAGAGCCUGGAUGCAUAAUACUGAACUUCAUAAUCCCUACUAACUGGAAGUUUUAAGUUAUUAGGGGUUUUAAAUCAUUUGUGCUUGCAAAGAUGUCUCACUGGAUAGAAAUAGAUCUACAUGAAAAAUACUUAGAAAUUUACAACAGUUUACUAUUGUAAGUACUAAAUUAUAGUAUUUUUGCAUGUGGAAAGUGAUAUUUUCCAGGGGUGUUUUUUGCCUAUUUACUGUAACAUAAAUAAGAUGUGUGAAGCUUAGCUGUGAAAUCAUUCUGUGCUUUUUCCUAUUUUUAUCAGAUGUUUUGAGUUUAAAUACUGCCCACAUUUAAGAUUCUGACAUUUUAUAUAACUGUGUGAGUACUAUUAUAAGCUCUGCUGUUUUUUAUAUGUGUGAGAGAGUUUUGUUUAUGUCACUGAUUUACUUACUAUGCUGGACACUAGAAAUCAUUACUGUAAUAUUCCUGUGACAAAGUAUCGGACAUGUUGCGUUUCUAAGUAAGCUGCACAACAUUGCUUAUAUUUUAAUACAGAUUUUUGUUUGUUAAUUGUUUAAGACUGAGUGUUGGGUUGGUAUGAACGGUGUUUUGUAAUAAAAACUAUUUAACAGA